AUGGCGCUGAAGAAAAAGGAAGCUGCUGCAGAAGCCAAAGGGAAGGCAUCCAAGGCCAAGAAGGCAGCGCUAAAAGGCAGCCGCAGCCACAGCCACAAAAAAAAGAAGAUCCAUGUAUCACCUACCUUCCUGCCGCCAAAGACACUGGAGCUCCGCAGACAGCCCGAGUAUCCUCUGAAGAGCACCCCUGGGAGAAAUAAGCUUGACCACUACGCUGUCAUCAAGUUACCGCUGACCACUGAGGCUGCCUUGAAGAAGACAGAAGAGAGCAACACACUGGUGUUCCUUGUGGAUGUCAAAGCCAACAAGCACCACGUCAAACAGGCUGUAAAGAAGCUCUAUGACGUUGACGUGGCCCAGGUCAGCACCGUGAUCCGGCCUGAUGGUGAGAAGAAGGCGUAUGUUCGACUGGCUCCUGAUAACGAUGCUUUGGACAUUUCCAUCAAAAUUGGGAUCAUCUAA